GCCCAGACCCCAGACAACACACAUGAAGAGGAAUGUUUCUCCCCCCGAACCUACCAGCAUGGACUCUUUGGUACUUUAGGAAAUCAUAUACCCAUUUUUGCUUUUACUCACAGAUUUUGUUUUUCAACCAUUCUACACAAAGAAUGUACCUCAAAUAUCCUAUCUCCCGGCUAUAGAAUCGUGACUCCCCAGUGUGCAAGCUCCAAAAUAGGAAAACCCUCCAUUGCUCUCCAGUGUCAGACAACACACCAAACAUUUCAAAAUGGCUGCUCUCAUCACAGAGAACUUCAAGUUUGUCUCGCUCUUCUUCAAGAGCAAGGAUGUAAUGAUCUUCAAUGGCCUGAUAGCCCUGGGCACGGUGGCCAGUCAGACCAUGUACAACAUAUUUGCCUUCGACUGCCCGUGCUCCUCCGGGCGGAAUUAUCUCUAUGGCCUGGCAGCCAUCGGGGUGCCCGCCCUGGCAUUCUACCUCGUUGGCAUCAUGCUGAAUAAGAGUACCUGGGAUCUGGUGUCUGAGUGCCGCCUCAGGAGGUGCCGGAAACUAUCGGGGGCGGCUGCCUUCGCCGUCCUGGGCACUAUCAUUGGCAGAGCGGCCGUGGCUCCCGUGACGUGGGCUGUCAUCUCACUGUUACGUGGGGAGGCCUAUGUCUGUGCCCUCAGUGAGUUUGUGGACCCUUCAACCUUGGAGGGUUUUCCCUCUGGACAGGGGUUAGAGGUCAUGGCCAGGUUUCCCUGUAAGGCCACGGUCCCACAGGAGAUGCAGGGAUUUUGGGCGGAGAUUGAACGCCGGCUGAAGUAUGAGUCUCAGCUGCUAGGGUGGCUGAUGGUGGCGGGGAUGGCAGUGGUUCUGUUCCUCCUGCUGUGCAUGAAGCGCUGCUGCUCUCCCCUGGGCUACCAACAGGAGGCGUACUGGUCCCAGUUCCGCUCCAACGAGCACGACCUCUUCCAGCGCACGGCCAACGUGCACUCCCGUAUCCUGGCUGUUGAGAGUGUGAAGAGCUACUUUGGCUUCGUGGACCUGGAAAAAGAGGAGAAACAGCAGCUGGAGGAGCACCAGAGUGCCAACCCCAUCUCUAGUACAGAGUGGAACCGGAUCACUGGGAUCUGCUUGUACAGAGAGAAAAAGGGAUUGCCCCUCUAUAGCCGCCUCAACAAGUGGGCUCAAUACAGUUUGGAGAACAACAUAGACGCCAUGGAGAAAGAGAUGGACACUCUGAGCUGACUGGCACUGGACACCCCAGUGUUCUUCAGCCAUGAUCCUGGGAACCCACUGGGAGUGCAGGCUUUUGUUCCAGCCCAGCACUGACACAUUCAACUAAUUAACUUAAUAGUCAAGUCCUUGAUUAGUUGAAAGAAUCAGGUGUGUAAGCACAGGGCUGGAGCAAAAGCAUGCCCACCUGAUGUGUCCCCGGGACCAGGGUUGAAGAACACUGACCUAGGUAGAUUCGUCUUUUACUUGUAUUAUCCCACAUUUAUAUUUAUAACACCCUUCGGCUAGUGAUGGCACAUGAUAACUAUUAGAAGUAAAUCGGAAUGGACUCAAGUAUGGAUUGAACUGAUGUUCCCAACGUUACACUGUCAUUGUUCCCCAUUUACUUCUGUUCUCUUCCACUUUUCAAAUGGUUGUAAUGAUUGAUAAAGGACGAUAGUAUUUUUUCUGAGUUUGUGUUUACAUGCUUAUUGUGUCUAGUUCAGGGUCCAUGUUUAACAGAACAUUUUAUGCAGGUGUUUUACCCUCCCUCUCAAUAGGAGACAAGCUCUCAGACUAGAUGGCCUGUUACUGUAACAUCCUGCACUUCCAAACACCAGCUCGUAGACAGAGCACCGUUUUCUCUGUCAGGAUUCAGUUCUGUUGCUUUUUUCUUCGUAAUUUUCCAUAAAAAUGACCUAUUAUUCCUGUCGCCCUGAGUAUCUCUAAGAUGGUCGCUAAAUUUGUCUGUCUUUGUCUGUCUGUGUGUGUGUUUAUCUGCUUGUCUGUCUGACUAUCAGAUUCCCUGGCUGCCUGAUUGUCCGACUGUCAAACCUAUCUGAAUGUCUGCUUAUCUGUAUAGGACAGUUAUCUGAACUCAUCAUGAGAGGCCUCAGUUGCUCGCAGGGCUGAGUACCCACAUGCCCUCCCCACCCCCCGGCCCAUCCCUGGUCUAGAAGCCGUUCAUGUGUACCUAUCUGUUUGCCUGUUUGUCCUCAUGUCUGUCUGUCUGUCUAUGUUACCAUGGUCGAGUUCCUGCCCAACUGCAUUGCAUCAACCAAAAGUUGCGUGCCACCACUGCCACGUCAUUGACUGUGCAGUCAAGCAUCAGAUUGCUAUAUCGUAUGAUGUGGUUAGCUGAUAUGUUGAAUAUGUAUCCAUGCGUUGGCAUGGCGUCUGCAAUG